UUACCGCGAGUGAAGGCAUCGUCAUGGAGGAGGUGAGCGCCGAGGCCGCGGCCAUGGCGAGCGGCGUCGGGCCGGAGGGCGCGACGAUGAAGGUGGUGGCCGCGGUGGACGCGAGCGAGGAGAGCCUGCACGCGCUGUCGUGGGCGCUCGACAACGUCGUCCGGCCCCACCCCGGCGCGUCCCUCGUCGUCGUCCACGUCCAGCCGCGCGCCGACCACUUGGCCUACCCUGUCGCCGGGCACGGCCUACAGUACGUCCCGCCCACGGCGGUGGACUCCGUGAGGAAGACGCACGAGGAGAACUCCCGGCGAGUCGUGUCCGUCGCGCUCGACGUGUGCAGGCAGAAGCAGGUGAGCGCCACGGCGGCGGUGGUGGAGGGCGACGCCAAGGAGGCCAUCUGCCGCGCCGUGGAGGACAUGCACGCCGACCUCCUCGUCCUCGGCAGCCGCGGCCUGGGCAUGAUCAAGAGAGUUACAAGCAUAUGCAUAAUAAAACUCCAUGGAUCAUCAAGCCACGCCUUGACCCUGUGCUUGUGCUGGUGGUGUGUUGCAGGGCGUUGCUGGGCAGCGUGAGCGACUACCUCGCCCAUCACGCCUCCUGCCCCGUUCUCAUCGUGAAGCCGCCCAACAAGGCGCACCACAAGUGAAGCUCCAACUCUGCUGCCACUGUCGACUGAAUGUCUCGAGUGCCUCGUGCUUCCAAUAAAGAUGUGAUCGAGCUCAUGUGCAGUACUCUAUGAACAUCCUAGAAUGUAGGGAAUAAACUGUUGUUUGGCCGCAAGCACUUGCUGAAA